AGAGGUACAGCUACAUUAUCAAAAAAUAGAAUAAAUAAAAAUAUGCACCUGCCGAAAAGAAAUACUCUUGUGCAUUGUUAGCGCUUUUGUUGUUUUUCGAUGUAGCAGCAGGGCGUGAUAGCUAAGUACCUAGUACGCAACUUGUUUUGUUGGUUGGGAGGGUUUGGUCACCGGCUUUAUUCAAACUACUUGGUCAGAUUGCUUCCUUAUUGUGUUCUUUUAUAAGCCCUUUUCAGUCGCGGGACGCUGUACAGAACGAAAGCUUGUGCUUAUAUCCCUUCGUCAAAGCCUGUAGGGUACUUUUCGCUGUCAUUGGGGACCGUAGCAACAUUUGCCUGUCCUAUUUUCGCCCUUAAGAGAGAUGGAUAUAUUUAUUGUCUGUGUUAGGAUGAGAAUAGCCAGCCUCGGCGGUACGGCAGAAUGAGCGUCCUUAAGAUGGAGAGGGGCUGUAAAGACUUUGCUCACACGCACAAAGGACGAUUUUCUCCCGAACAUUUCUUUCUUUUUAUUCAUUUGUAUGAGUAAUUUUAGCUGUUUAUACGCGAGAAUCUCUACAGUAUCUCAAUCCAUAAAAUAAGCGAAAAUGAAGCCGGUUGCUUAUAAGGUCUGUUGGUCAGUACUGAGACGAAAUUGCUUACCUGGAUGGAGAUGAGGAAUCUUAUAUUUUCCUUAAUACGGAGUCAUUCCCUCUAACGCGGAUUUUUUUUUUCAUAUAAGGAUUAUUUGGGGGAGAAACAAAUAUCUGCUCUAACCCCUUCAAAUGGAGACAGCACAGUUUACAACUCAUAUUACUUUAUUACAACUUCUGCAAUAGACAUUGUUGGUAAUGUAGUCCGUUUCGUGAUAUAUUGUCAAAGUGUAUUUAUAACGCAUGUUAGGAAAUUAGGGAAAUGAAAAUGAUACUGUUCCGUAAAUUCCGAGUUUUAAUUCUUAUGGUGUUUUUGAUUGCGUGCACCAUGCACAUAGUGAUAGACUUGUUACCAAAACUGGAGAGGCGAGCGACUGGACCGAGCACUGGGAACAGCGGCUGCUCGUGCGCCCACAAGCCGAGCGAGGAGCCCCAGAGCCGCGGCAAGCAGCAAGGCAUGUCGGCGGCAGAAUCUGGCUGGCCUAACAAACACACUUUGAGGAUCCUGCAAGAUUUCAGCAACGAGCCAAGCUCAAAUCUCACGUCGCAUUCCCUGGAGAAAAUCGCCGGGACUAGGGAUAAACUCGAGGCUUUCAAAAGAGGUGAACAAUACGCGCAAAAUGAAGAGAGACAGAAGAAUCUAAUUAAAGACCAGGCCGACGACAAGAGUUUACCUGUCAAGGGGUUCUCUCGGCUGGCAGCUCUCUUUGAACACCCUCUGUACAAGACAGUUCGACCUCCGCUCACUGACGAAGACACCUUGUUCAACGUCAACAGUGACAUCAAGUACUACCCGAAAGCACCCGAGAAUCAGGAGUGGCCCAGAGAGGGGGCGCAGGAGGAGGAGUACCUACCCACGGGUGAGGGAGGGGCCGAGGUGUACCCGAACUGGCUGCGCUUCCACGUGGGGAUCAACCGCUACGAGCUGUACGCCCGGCAGGACCCCAUCACCGACGACCUGCUCCGAGACCUGCCCGGCCAGAGGAUCACCAGCGUGGCCAUGAAAUCUGGCGGCACCCAGCUGAAGCUCAUCAUGACCUUCCAGAACUACGGACAGGCCCUGUUCAAGCCCAUGAAGCAGACGCGGGAGCAGCAGACGCCGCCGGAUUUCUUCUACUUUUCCGAUUUUGAGAGACACAACGCCGAGAUCGCCGCCUUCCACCUGGACAGGAUCCUGGAUUUCCGUAGAGUGCCCCCUGUGGCCGGGAGGCUGGUGAACAUGACGAGGGAAAUCCGAGACAUAACCCGCGACAAGAAGCUGUGGAAAACGUUCUUCAUCUCGCCCGCCAACAACGUGUGCUUCUACGGAGAGUGCUCGUACUACUGCUCCACUGAGCAUGCUCUGUGCGGGAAGCCUGACCAAAUCGAGGGCUCGCUGGCUGCCUUCCUCCCAGACCUGGCCCUCGCCAAGCGCAAGACCUGGAGGAACCCCUGGCGCCGGUCCUACCACAAGCGCAAGAAGGCAGAGUGGGAGGUGGACCCUGAUUACUGUGACGAGGUCAAGCAGACGCCCCCAUACGAUAGAGGGACUCGACUGCUGGAUGUUAUGGACAUGACCAUCUUUGACUUCCUGAUGGGGAACAUGGAUCGACAUCACUACGAGACCUUUGAGAAGUUUGGGAACAGCACCUUCAUCAUCCACCUGGAUAACGGGAGAGGAUUUGGUAAAUACUCCCACGAUGAGGUCUCCAUCCUGGUGCCUUUGAGUCAGUGCUGCCGGGUGAAGAAGUCGACUCACCAGCGCCUCCUGCUGUUGGCGAAGGAGGAGUACAAGCUGAGCGCUCUGAUGGCGGAGUCUCUGGAAAUGGACCGCCUGGCGCCCGUGCUCUUCCCCCCCCACCUGGGGGCGCUGGACCGACGCCUCCGGCUGGUCCUGCAGGUCCUGGAGAACUGCAUCCUGAAGCAGGGCUACAGCAAUGUGGUGGAGGACGACACGGGUCCCGCCCACAGCCGCACCACUGCCCACAGCGCCAGGUAGUGCACCAGUGGACCGCAGCUGGAACCACAAAUAUAACCGGAGGCUGGGAAUGGAACCAGAACCGCUAAUGGAACCAGAACUUGAAUGGGACCAGAGCCACAAUCGGAACCAGAACUAGACCAAGGGGUGACCCUAAUCCCUCACCCCCUCCAAUGACACCCUAACCCCCCCCCCACCGCCAUGCACAAUGCUCCAUAUGCCAUGGAUGUCUUGUGAAAGGCGCGUUUUAACGAUACUGUUUGAAUUCAGUGAAUUCCAAGACUGCAGAGAUGUCUCUUUCACAUGUGUGUGUUCGUAUACCUGUGCUGUACACAGGUACAAAGGCACUUAAGAGAGGCAAUAGAUGGUCAAACUAAAAUGAAGGCUGUUAUUUGCUUUUUAUUUUUGAAGCCUUUUUUUCUUUUUGAUUGGAGUGCCAGUAUCCUCUAACAUAAGAUGUGACUGUUACAUCCUGCCUGAGUUGAUGAACCUGAAAUUAUUUAUUAUUUUAUUUAUUUCUGGAAAUUCAAAUACCAAAACGAACUCUCUCAUCAACUGCGAAUAUUGGGAUAUCCACACUCUUCUCGUGAUGAGCUGGAGGGUAGAGGACUACUGCGUGAUGACGCGUUUUAAACUUGUCAAAACAGGUCUAUCACAAAUACAUUUCUGUUAUUGCCAUUUCAAAUGAAGUCACUUGAUGCAUUUAUAUUUGUGUUCAAUGAAGUUCCCAUCUGCUGAGUGGCAUUUCAUAUCUUCAAAGUUUGUCAUCUUUUCCACCUUCUGUCUUAUUCGUAUGCAGUGUGCCACAUAAAAUGCCUUCAGGAGUGUCCCAUGUUUAUAAAACCUUCAUGCUCAUUUCCCCCCUCUUCAUAUUUCCUCAUUUAUAUACUUUCGCCCAGCUGUGGGAAAGCUUUGCUUGCUCCCAAAGGUGCUUUUAAAAGUGACAGUGUCAUGGUCUCAUCUCCAAACUUGUGUUCUGAACCCAGACUGGGGCAUGAUAAAGUGGGUGGGGUUGCAUUCAUACCCUGCCCAGUGUAACCCAGACUGGGGCAUGAUAAAGUGGGUGGGUUGGGUUCAUACCUGCCCAGUACAACUCAACCCUCUCACCCAUUGUUAUUCCCUCUUGCCCGGUAUCUGCUCUUUUUCAUUGUUACUAAGCACUUCAUUGAUCAAUUUAAGCAAUUGAUUACACAGGCAGGCAUCCCACCUCUCCCAGAAGAACUGAGAGUUUCCCCCGGAAUUUGUCAUCUGUUCCCUAAUACCCGAUCAGAAAUCUCCUGCAAAUCCGUUAUCUCUUAAAAAUAAUUUUUCCAGGGGUGGGAUGUCUGCACAGUUAAGUGUAAAGACAAUUCACUUUAAAUCCAACGGAUCCUGACACAAGACCACUCACAGACUGUUUCGCAACCCUUCAGUUGAAAUAUGCUAAUAAAAAAUAGAAAUUAAGGUCAAAACAUGUUUCUUACUGUAUCAGUCUCUUAAAUACAUGAAUGUGAGGCUAACCUUACAGUGCUAUGACAGUGUGCUGCACCCAAAAAAGUAACCGAUCAAAUUGAAGGUCCUAUUUUAGUUUUUAUUUGGGUUCCUCCUGUGUAAAAGGAUAACCUGGAGAACUUCCCUAUCUGUUGGUGUGAGUGCAAAUUCCAUAAAUGCAAAAAUCUCCCCCCUUCUCUCUGUCUCUCUCUCUCUCUGUCUUCCCUCCCUCCCUCCCUUUGAAGCAAGUCCCAUUGAGAUAAAAAUCUAUAUUUCCAGACAGUCCUGGCCAGGAUUGCAGUAGCACAAAUAAUGAGACCGCACAGUAAUAUAUAAAAACAACAGAGACCUGCCAGGAGCCUAAUCCAGUCUACCCUUCAGCCACCAGCCCAGGCCACAUUAAUUAAACGCUUAACAGAGCUGGAAUGAACAUCAGGACACAUAGAGAGAUGAAGGAUAGAGAAACAUUGCUUCAGCCAACCACUGUGUUAUCUAUUACUGAGGAGGGAUCACACUUAUGCUUAUGGGAGCCAUGGUUGCUUAUAUCCACUGGUUGCUUAUAUCAGGCAAUAGAAUGCAUGAAAUCAUGGAUCGCUCAGAACCAGUUGUAUUACUGCUUGUGUCCAGUGAUUGGCUAUAUCACUCUGGAUGGUAGUCUUUCCAAAGCCAGAGCAUUAAGGGUGGCUAGUGGUUACAGUGCUCCUUCUAGAAUCACUAUCAUGUGCAUACACUGGAACUGUUUUUUUCCACAUUGAUGUGCAAUUUGUGAAUAUUUCAUUAUUAUUUGGGGAAAUAAUCAUGGAGGAAUGUUGAAAUGCUAGGACAGUAUAAUUGUGUAUGUAUAUUUGUUGGCUUUACAUUUCUAUUUGAGUUGGACAGAAAAACAACCCAUUGUGUACUAUGAUUGUGUCAUCGUGCUGUUACUAUAAACACAGAUAAUUGAGACUACUGAAAUCUCCAGUGGAAAAAGUAUUCCAUAUUUAAGAACUGUUCAAAUGCGAAUGGAAAUAAAACUCCUCUUUCAGAUCA